AUGGCGAGUUCAGGCUUUCUGCCACAAUCGCACUCCUUCAGGACCGCCGCCUCAUCGUCCUCGUAUCCAUUGUCCAACAACACCGCAGUACACCAGUUCGACCGCGACGCGACCACGAUGCCCGUCGGCACUCCAUUCGCGCGAGCCCCGUCCCCAGUCUCGCGACUUCUGAUCCGUCGCAUGCCGCUUGAGAUGACCGAGCAGAGUCUACGCAUGAUGCUCCUGUUCUGCCAGGAGGAAUUGGUUGAUGUCGAGAUGCUGGCUGCUGAGCAGUCUCGGGAUCCACACUUCCAGUCGGCCAUUGUGAAGUUCAAGACUUCUGCUGGAGCACAAAAGGCCAAGGAUGCGCUGCACGGCCGACCUGUGAACGGCAAUGGUAUCAACAUGGACGUGGGCUUCCUGCCCGGAAGUGGAAGUCCCACCACGUCGAGAAGACAUCCGAUCGACACUCCAGUCUCGGCCGCGUCUAGUCAAUCCUCUUCGAACACCUCGCCAGGGCCUACCUCGCGUCAACCGCCUCGGUUCAACGGUACAUUCCAGUCAAUGCAGAGAAUAUCGCCGCCCAUGAAUCACAUCUAUGCAAGCAACGAGCUCCCGAAUCCCGAGUCGAGCGCUCACUACCAGAGCCUCUUCUCGCCGCAGUCGCCAAUUGGCAACCACCUUCCGGAGCGCACGCGCAUGUCGGGCAAGACCCUGAUCAACCAUGACACGGCCGAGGACGACGAGACGAGCGAGCUUCUGAUGAAUCCCGUCGCUUAUGCCGAGAACGGAGCUACCGCGCAGCGAAGAGCUACUGCGCCUCAGUUACAUAUCUCACGCAUGGCCGCUCUGUCACUUGACACGGCAGCCAAUGGAUCGAUAUCGCAACCGCAGUACGGACAUGCAAACAUGACUCCUUUGUCCGCGCAUAACAACGCGAUGUCGCCGACGGUCAUGAACAACUCGAACCACUCGAUGAACUACCAGGCGGUCAGCCAGAUGGGCGGCCAGCAGUUUCAGCGGUCCCACUUCCCACCUGUGAAUCCUGCCGACCAGAACCCUCCGUGCAACACGCUCUAUGUCGGCAACCUACCGAUUGAUACUAUCGAGGAGGAGCUCAAGGCCUUGUUUUCCAAGCAACGCGGCUACAAGCGUCUCUGUUUCCGCACCAAGAACAAUGGCCCUAUGUGUUUCGUCGAGUUCGAGGAUGUCUCCUUCGCGACCAAGGCCCUGAACGAACUGUACGGUCAACCUCUCCAUAACAGUGUGAAGGGCGGUAUUCGCCUCAGCUUUUCCAAGAACCCAUUGGGCGUUCGUUCCGGCCAAAUUCCGGGUCCAAGUGGCUCCAGCUCUAUGGUCAGCACGAACGGAAUGAUGUCCGGACAAACGAACAGCUUCUCAACUGCGAACGGCCCGCCCCCUGGCCUUUCUGCGCCCCCUGGCUUGAACCGUGGUGGCUAUGGCAGCGGCAGCGGCGCGAACACCCCCUAUUCGGCGGGCUACCAAGGCGGCAACAGCCAUGUCUGGAAUAGCCCAGUCUACAAUGGCGGACCCAUCUCAGCCGGCGGUUCAUCGAAUGGUUUCACCUCUGGGUACCCGGCCCAUAUGAUGGGCAGAUAG